GAUUUUCUCAGUGAAGAGGCCUAUAUCUAAAUUGUCGCGAGGGACGUUUUCUUCAUCUCUGACGUACCUGCGGAUCGAUUAGUGAAUUACAAUAAACCUACUUUAAAAAAAAUGACCGGCCGUGCGAGAGCAAGAUCGAGAGGCAGAGCACGUGGUCAAGAGACUGCGACACCUGGAGCGAGCCAAGCUCGAGAGCCUACACCAGCGCCAGCCCCGCCCGCAGAGGGAGAGCUGGUCGGUAGAGGGAGGCAGAAAGGUGCUCCAGGACCUUUUUCUGCAGAAGCGGUUCUACAGAUCUCAGCCGGGUUUCAGCAGGUGAAGCUGGGAGAAAGAGGUGGACGACGGCGGGAUUAUCACGAUGCAGGGGUUAACACCAGACAGGCUAUGGAGCACGUUAAGGAGUCAAAGACUGGAAACUCUGGCAGUGCCAUUAACCUGACGGCAAACUUCUUUCGAAUCAUGUCCCGCCCUCAGUGGGUUCUGUAUCAGUACCAUGUGGACUACAAACCGCCAAUGGAGUCUCGCCGCCUGAGAUCGGCCCUCCUCUUCCAUCACGAUGAAGUACUUGGGUCAGCACGGAGCUUUGAUGGAGCUCUGCUUUUUCUGCCCCACAGAUUGCACAGCAAGGAAACUGUGCUCCACAGCGAGACAAGGAAUGGAGAGAAGGUUCAGAUAACUGUCACCCUGACAAAUGAGCUGCCACCCUCCUCCCCGGUGUGCAUUCAGUUUUACAACAUCAUAUUCAGAAGGAUCCUGAGAAUGCUAGACAUGCAGCAGAUUGGACGCAACUACUACAACCCCAAUGAUCCACUCAACGUCCCACAGCACAAGCUGACAAUCUGGCCAGGCUACUCCACCAGCAUCUUGCAGUACGAGCAGUCCAUCAUGAUGUGUACUGACGUGAGCCACAGGGUGCUGCGUAGUGAGACGGUCCUCGACUUUAUGGGCAACCUGAGGCAACAGUGUGGACCUCAACGCUUCCCUGAGAUCUGCACUAAGGAGCUCGUUGGACUUAUUGUCCUCACUAAGUACAACAACAAAACCUACAGGAUUGAUGACAUUGCAUGGGAUCACACUCCCAAAAACACGUUCAAGAGGGGAGAUGCAGACAUUUCCUUCAAGAACUAUUACAAGACUCAAUAUGGACUGGACAUCAGUGACGAGAACCAGGUGCUGCUGAUCAGCCGUGUGAAGAGGCUGGGUCCUGCUGGAGCUCCUCCUCCAGGGCCGGCCAUGCUCAUCCCAGAGCUGUGCUACCUUACAGGCUUGACUGACAAGAUGCGAGCUGACUUCCACAUCAUGAAAGACUUGAGCGUCCACACCAGACUGACGCCAGAGCAGAGGGAGGGACGCCUCAACAGAUUUAUCACAAAUAUACAGAAGAAUGCUGAUGCACAGUCGGAGUUGGAUAAGUGGGGACUCAACUUCGAUAAGAAACUACUGAAUCUGAAAGGCAGAGUCCUCCCAGGGGAGAGGAUUUUCCAGGGAACAAGAUCGUAUGAUUACAACCCCAAGGCAGCUGACUGGUCCAGAGAGAUGCGUGGGUUGCCUGUGAUCAGCGCUCCUCCACUCAAUAACUGGCUCAUGUUUCACACCCGGCGUAACGGUGGUGAAGCCCAGUCCCUCCUGCAGACCCUCCACAAAGUCUCAGCUCCACUCGGUAUCCGCUUACAGAGAGCCAUCAUGAUCGAGUAUGACGAUCAUCAGGAGUCUCUCCUCAGAGCCCUGCAGCACAACGUUGGACCCCAGACAGAGAUGGUGGUGGUGAUCCUCCCCAGCAACAGGAAGGACAAGUACGACAGCAUCAAGAAGUACCUUUGUGUGGACUGCCCCACUCCCAGCCAGUGUGUGGUUGCCCGUACUCUCAACAAGGCAAUCAUGACUGUGGCUACCAAGAUUAUACUGCAGAUGGCCUGCAAGAUGGGAGGGGAGCUCUGGAGUGUGGAGAUCCCCCUCAAACAUCUGAUGAUUGUGGGCAUUGACUGCUACCAUGACAUUACUGCUGGGAAGAGGUCCAUUGGAGCUCUCGUGGCCAGCCUCAACCAGGGCAUGAGCAGGUGGUUCUCAAAGUGUGUGCUGCAGCACAAAGGUCAGGAAAUCAUGGACGGACUGAAGAUGGCUUUAAGUGGUGCACUCAAAGACUAUCUGAAGUUCAACAACUGCCUGCCUUCACGCAUCAUCGUGUACCGAGACGGCGUGGGAGACGGCCAGCUGCACAGCGUGGUCAACUAUGAGGUGGCACAGAUCAUGGACUCCAUCAAGUCCAUGGGGCACGACUACAUGCCCAAGCUGAGUGUGGUGGUGGUGAAGAAGCGCAUCAGCAGCAGGUUCUUCGCCUACAUCAGUGGCAGGGUGGACAACCCUCCCCCGGGCACCAUCAUCGAUACAGAGGUCACCCGUCCAGAGUGGUAUGACUUCUACAUCGUGAGCCAGGCUGUGCGCACCGGAAGCGUCUCCCCGACCCACUACAACGUAGUGUACGACACCAGCGGACUGAAGCCUGACCACAUGCAGCGGCUCACCUACAAGCUGUGCCACAUGUACUACAACUGGCAGGGGAUCAUCAGAGUGCCCGCCCCCUGCCAGUACGCCCACAAGCUGGCUUUCCUUGUGGGCCAGAGCAUCCACAGGGAGCCCAAUAUGAAACUGGACGACCUCCUCUUCUACCUAUAGGGAUAAAAAAGAUGAGCAAUGUGUUGGGCUCUGACUCUGAAGUUUCCUUGUAAAGAAAUGUCUGUAUGUAAACCUUUUGUUAGAAAAGUUCUCUUCAGUUUAAUUGAACCAAGUUGAGUUUUCGAAGGUGCUAAGAGUUUGGUUGUGUUAGCAUCAGAUGGAGUCAGACAGCCCUGUGUACUGAGCAGUUUUAAGAGGUUUGUAUUCUAUUGAAGUCUUCAUGCAGAGACACUAUUCAGACGCUGAUGUGCCAACAUGAAGAAUGUUCACCGUGGUAUCUGUUGGUGAGAAGAAGAUACUGAGAGCAGUAACUGAUCUGUGAACUGAGAAAUAACAUAAGACUACAUGUUAUUGUAUUCACUUAGAGCUCCAUGCCAGUAUAAGUU